AUGGCGAAUACGACGGGGACAUUAUCUACACCUCGAUCCAUAACCGUAACGGGAUAUGCGGUUGGAAACUCCACCAGCAACAGCACCGCUAUACGGGCGCCCUUGAGACCGGCACAACCAUGGCUCUCCUCCCGGAACCAAUCAUUAACAAUUGCUACUCCAAAAUCCCCGGUUCCACAAAGUCUCAGGUAA